AUUCUAUUGUGUUCUCUCCCUUCAUCCAGAGCUGAGGAAUCGAAAAAGUUUCACACUUUGCUUUUGCGUUUGAAAAUUGGUUUUAAGAUCAGAAACGGAAAAUUGGAGAAAACAAGAGAAAAUCGUUGUGAAAAUUACAAUAAAAAAAUCAAUUUUAAUUAAAAUAAAGAAAAUAUAAUAAAAAUGACAGAAACGGAUGAGUCGAAGAGAGUGGCGGAUAGGUAUCUGAAACGAGAGGUUCUUGGUGAAGGUACUUACGGUGUUGUCUACAAAGCCAUCGAUACGAAGACAGGACAGACUGUUGCAAUUAAGAAAAUUCGUCUCGGGAAGCAAAAGGAAGGGGUUAAUUUUACAGCACUCAGAGAAAUUAAACUUCUUAAGGAGCUUAAAGAUCCAAAUAUAAUCGAGUUAACAGAUGCAUUCCCACUCAAAGGUAAAUUGCAUCUUGCGUUUGAGUUCAUGGAGACCGACCUUGAAGCUGUUAUCCGAGACCGGAAUAUUUUUCUCUCACACAUCAAAUCUUACUUUCAAAUGACAUUGAAAGGGCUUGCUUUUUGCCACCGAAAAUGGGUUUUACAUAGGGAUAUGAAGCCAAAUAAUUUGCUAAUAGGACCCAACGGACAACUUAAACUUGCUGAUUUUGGUUUAGCACGCGUAUUUGGGAGUCCAGAUCGCAGGUUUACUCACCAGGUCUUUGCUCGCUGGUACAGAGCUCCUGAGUUACUUUUUGGUGCCAAACAAUAUACUUCUGCCGUGGAUGUUUGGGCUGUUGCCUGUGUAUUUACUGAACUUUUCCUACGACGACCAUUUCUGCAGGGCACAAGUGACAUUGAUCAAUUAGGAAAGAUCUUUGCAGCUUUUGGUACGCCAACAUCUUCCCAAUGGCCAGAUAUGAUAUACCUUCCUGAUUAUGUAGAAUACCAAUAUGUUCCUGCACCACCUUUGCAUUCAUUGUUUCCGAUGGCCAGUGGUGAUGCUUUAGAUCUGUUAUAAAAAAUGUUUACUUAUGACCCAAAAGCUAGGAUUUCAGUGCAACAAGCAUUAGAGCACUGGUAUGCGGAUUCAGUCAAUUAGAAAUAUGAGGACAAAUUUGGUUUCUUUUUCUCAUAUUGUUUCUGUUCAGGUAUUUUUC